ACGCCCAAAGACCUGCAUGUACACGCUGUUUACGUGCCAACUACGAAUGUACAUUCUUGAUGCCCCAAAAGAAGCGUGGUCCCUUGGAUGGCUCCAAACAAGGUGUGAAAUCAGAACUCUCUAGCACCGUCGGCCAAUUGGGUUCAUCAACUACUAUUACCACGAGUACUACCGACACGACACUUUCAGAUCAAAAUGCACGACUGCGACGGUCAUGGGAGGCGCACGCGCAGAAGCUGGAGCAACGAACGUGGCCCGAUGCAUCAUCCGAUCCCUUCUCAAAGGAGGUGCAGGACCAUCUAGUGGAGGUGUUCUUCGAGUUUUGCUUUGAAGAUUUCAACUUCUUCAGUCCUGCCCGAUUCCUCCAGAGUUACUCCCAGGGCACUCUCAACCUCAGUCUCUUGAACGCCGUCUGUGCGGUCGCAGCCCGAUUCUCAAAUCACCCAGCAGUCGUCACAACACCGCCAUGCAUGUCUGGAGAGCCCUUUGCGUCAAAGAUCAGAUCUCGGAUGGGUGCGCUUGUUGUGGAGAUGACUACUGAUACUGUUCACACACUGAUACUGCUGGGGUUCUACGAAUACAUUUCAGGAAGCCAUCUUCGAGGUUAUCGCUUUGAGGGCAUCGCAGGCAGGAUGGCGACUGAACUUGAGCUCCACAAGGUUUUUGCACAAAAAAUAACUGGUCCUUAUGACUCGGAGGAGGAGCGGGUGACGGCCGAGAUCAAAGUCCGAACGUUUGCCUUUCUCUUGGGAUCUGAUGCUGCUAACUCUGCGGUUGGUGGUAUUCCACCAUUGUUUGAUUCCACGCAGUUUGAGCCUUGGAUUGUGCCGUUUGAGGCUGACUGGUGGGUGGAGCAAGCGUCUGAGCGACAAAUCGGGACGCAGCGAGAGGAGCAAGCUAUAAACCCAGCAUGUGUGUUGAUCCUGGGCAAGGCACUACGACCGCGCCCUAUUCGAGGAUUUGGAGAUCCGAGUCUGACUGUGCCGAUCCUUCAAGUUGGCAUAUCGGUCUGGAGGUUCACCAACACUGGAGUCGUCCCCGAGACCGUAUCAUCCUCCUUUCCAACCGCCAACAUCUCCAAUUUGGCAUCACCAAUAACACCAACAACCCAGCAGAGCGAUACAAAGUUGACAUCACGCCAUUGGCGCGAGAGUGGACCAGUCAUUCAGAGACUCGACGCAGCAGCAGAGGCUUGGAGGCGACAACUCCCAGAAGACUGUAUGCCAACUAGUGCAAAGUCUUCUGUCUGGCGCACCGACAUCAACAUUAUCCACCACACGUUUUAUUACUACACUCUCCGGAUAUCGCUCUAUCGACCUGCGUUGCUGAGGGUGGGGAUGGCCGCUAACAAUGACCGAGAGAGGAAAAGGGAGUUAUCGAGGCAGGAUGGUGCGACGGGAAAAUCAGAAAUAACGACCAGUGUUGGUGUCGACACCGACGCGCCAGGGAUGGAUAGGUCUGCGCCGGACAAGGAUGCUAAGGCGGAGGAUCAACGGUUCUUGAGGAUGGCCCUGGAAGUAUGUCAUGACGCUGCGAAUCAGAUCACGGACAUUGUCAAUCAGUUUACAGAGCGGCUUGUCAGGAUCCGAGGGAGCCAUCUCAGCUUCGCCAUCUUCAUCGCCGGCACCGCGUAA